CUAUAUCAAUUUGCCGUGGUUAUACCAAUUUUCUGGUUCUUGCUAUGUCAGCAGUUUUGGUUGGUGGUCCGACCGCUUGUUUACCUUCAGUGACGUACUCGAUGUAGAAAAGGGGGCUCCUGCACGUGAUGCUUCUUUUUUCCGGCCGAUUCCAGCACAAUCGUCACUUUACCAAGGUUCAAGGUUUCCGGUUCCGGAUGCGGUUGGCAGAGUCCGCGAUGCGAUGCUUUUCAUGCCAGUUCGUCACAUGGAGCGGGCCGAAGAGGGGCUGCAAGACAGAAGAGAGAAGCGGGGUCUGGGGGUGAGUUAUCUGGAGGUUGCAUCCGCGGCUCGUGUUAGUGCUUGGAUCUGGCACGGGAUGAUUUGAUGCUUUGAUGCAUACAGUAAAGACUGAGACUGCGUGGAGAGAGACGCCGCUCGGGCUCGGCUCUAGCUUAUGCCGUCGUUGUCUGGGAGAAUCUUGACAAGCAGCACCUACGCGAUGGCCUCAUCAGCUGUGCCACCAUCCAGGCCGAUCCGCAUCGCCAACUGCUCAGGCGCUCUCACUGAUCCGGGCAUCUUAAUGUACAACCAGGCCAAAUAUGGCCCCGUCGACGUCAUUACAGGCGACUAUCUGGCGGAAGUGAGCAUGGCUGGCAGUGCGAUGCAGCGUGCGUCAAAUGGCGCUGGCUGGAUUCGAUCAGCAUUGGAAGGAAUCCAGCUGUCCCUAGAUCUCAUCAACGAAAAGCGAAUCAAGGUAAUCCUCAACGGUGGCGCCAUGAAUCCAAAGGGGUUGGCAGAAAAGAUUCACGAAAUGGUUCAUAGCAGAGGCUAUAAGCUUCGUGUAGGCUACGUCGAAGGUGACGACCUGAUGCACAAAGUCCACCAUCUACUCUCAAAGCCCCUCCCCCAUCUCGACAGCGCAAAUCCCGAUGUUCGGUAUGACAAAGACACCACCUCGUUUCUCGAUUCACCAGAGGAGAUGCCAGUCGUCGCCGCCAGCGCAUACCUCGGCUAUCGUGCCAUUAAAAAAGGCUUAGAUGAAGGUGCGGAUAUUCUCAUCUGUGGCCGUGUUUCUGAUGCUUCUCCCGUCAUUGGAGCGGCAGCAGCGUGGUAUAACUGGUCUGAAUCAGACUUUGAUCGACUUGCCGGGUCCCUGAUUGCAGGUCAUCUAAUCGAAUGCUCGACUUAUGUCACAGGCGGCAACUUUCCUGGUGCAUCUAAACAUCCUCCCAGCGAUUUCUUGCGUCUAGGUCCGGGCAUUGCGGAGAUUCUCCCCAACGGCGAAUGCAUCAUCACUAAGCACGAUUCCCUGAACGGAUUUGUUACCCCCGACACAGUCAAAUGUCAAUUUGUCUACGAACUGCAAGGAAACAUCUAUCUCAACAGUGAUGUGAAAGCAGAUGUUUCCAACAUAGCCAUCGUCAAGGAAUCCAAGGAUCGAGUCCAUGUGUCAGGCGUCAAAGGCUACCCCCCUCCGCCUACAACAAAACUUGCCAUCUUCUACAGGGGAGGGUAUCAGUGCGAGCAUUUGCUCAAUGCCAGCGGAUAUGCCACAGACCAUAAAUGGGACAUUCAGGAAUUGCAGUUAAAAGAUACACUGAAAGAAUGGGGUAUACUCGAAAAGUUUGACGUCUUGGAGUUUCAACGGAUAGGCACUGACAUGAAAGACCCUGAUUCGCAACACGCUUCUACCACAUACAUGCGAAUUUUUGCGCAGUCUAAAGAUAAAGAUGUGCUCACCAAAAUGCACAAGGCGUGGCACUAUCAGUUCAUGGCUCACUUCCCAGGAAUGCAUUAUUCGAUGGAUACACGCUUACUAGCUCCGAAGCCAUUUCUUGGCUAUUAUCCAGCUAUAAUACCUCAAACCGAGAUUGAAGAGACUGUUACCAUACUCGGCGACAGCUUAACGGAGCAGAGUAUUCGCCAUGCUGUCCACCCACCCAAACAGACAGAGCCGCUAGCACGGCGAGAAAAUUACGAGACAGCAAAUCCAGUGCCUCUCGAAAAGUUUGGCCCAACUGUCAAUGCGCCACUGGGAGAUCUCAUCCUCGCCCGCUCUGGAGACAAAGCAGGCAACAUAAACAUUGGCUUGUUUGUGCAGACGCCCGAGCAGUGGGAAUGGUUCCGCUCAUUCAUGACCAAGGAUAGGCUACGCUCCUUGAUGAGAAAGGAUUGGAAGGAUUGGUAUUUCCUUGAGAGGGUAGAAUUUACAAACAUCUAUGCCGUGCAUUUUGUCAUCUAUGGGUCGCUGGGAAGGGGCGUUACCAGCUCAAGUCGGUUGGACAACCUGGGCAAAGGAUUCGCAGAAUUUAUUCGGGCAGUUCACGUUGAUAUCCCACAAAGAUUCCUCGAAGAGAGUGCUCGCUCGACAAAGCUUGAGCACUUAUAG